GCAGUCUCUUGCCUCGACUCAGUCGAGGUUUCAUCUUCUGCGUGUGCGCGCUCUCUUGCUGUCUCUUUUCCUCUUAAAAAAUCGACAGUGUUACAUGUGUCGGACAUAAACGUCCACGGCUCGUCGACUCUUUCAACGAUCGCCUCAGGACCGAUAUUGACGUCGCGCACAUCUCGUCCUGACGUAUAGUGAAUAGAUUUAACAGAUCGGCGAAAUUCCCGGAGAUCACUUUCUCACCUGUGCUAAUAACUUGAAGACGCACUUGCUUGUUCGCAGUGCCCACCCGGAGACGUCAUGCGGCUGUGCAGAAGCCACGGGCUGGUGGCGUUUCUACUCGGACUGCAAAUCCUCGCUCGACACAAGGUUUCGGCAGAAGGUGAAGCAUGCAACAAGGCAGCGGCCCAAGCUGCCCCGGGCGUCUGCGUGAACAUGAAGCGCUGCCCGCCGUACCUCGCGAUUCUGCAGAAGCACGGCGCGUCCGCCGGCGAUUUCCUCCGCAGCACCCUCUGCUACUACCAGGACGCCGAGCCGAUCGUCUGCUGUCCCCUGGGUUCCGAAGCAGUCGCGACCACCCCGAGACCGGCACCUCAGCCGGCGAACAACCUCACGGCCUACGGACCCCUCUACUCGCCCCAGUGCGGAUACAGCAACGCCCAGCACGGCAGAGUCGUCGGCGGUGUACCCGCUGACUUGGGCGCCUGGCCUUGGGUCGCGGCCCUCGGCUACAAGAACAAGACGACCGGCCGCAUAAAGUGGCUCUGCGGCGGCAGCUUGAUCUCGGCGCGACACGUCCUCACCGCCGGCCACUGCGUCUACAACCGGUACGACCUGUACGUCGCUCGACUCGGCGAGCACGACCUCUACAGCGACGACGACGGGGCCAACCCGGUCGACGCGAGGAUCGAGCGCGGUACCAUCCACCCGGGCUACAGUCCCGAGAACUACGUCAACGACAUCGCCGUCCUCAGGCUGAAGCGCGAGGUCCCCUUCACUCCUGCCAUUCAUCCGAUCUGUCUGCCGCUACCGGACGAUAUAAAGAACAGGAACUUUGUCAGGAACUUCCCGUUCGUUGCCGGCUGGGGAUCGCUCUACUUCCACGGACCGGCCAGCGCCGUCCUCCAGGAAGUCCAGCUCCCGGUCGUGACGAACGAGGCUUGCCAUAAGGCCUUCGCUCCAUUCAAAAAGCAGGUGAUCGACGAGCGAGUCAUGUGCGCCGGCUACACCACGGGAGGAAAGGACGCUUGCCAGGGCGACAGCGGUGGCGCCCUCAUGUUCCCCAAGGGUCCAAACUACUACGCCAUCGGUAUCGUCUCCUUCGGCUUCCGCUGCGCCGAGGCUGGCUUCCCCGGCGUCUACACGAGGGUUACCCACUUCCUCGACUUCAUCCAAGCCAACUUGGUCUAAAACUACCGAUACACACGAUAUACGGACAAGCAAUUUCGCCGAUGUCAUGUACAGCAAAUAAAACCUCGUUCGUCGUUACGCCAACGAUGAUAUAUCUUUAAUUUUUAUACGCGCCGAUAAUACAUAGUCGUAGAUGUGCAGUAUACAUUCUAUUCGCUACCAUCCAAUCCAAAAGCACAGAGAGCCAUUUUUAUACGCUUAUUUCUAAUACACCUCAAACUUGCGAAUCUUAUGAUGAUUUCAAAUUUUGAGGAAACGAUGCGAUGCAUGUGUAAGACUUAAGAUAAUUGUAAAUUAUUUUUAUAUAUAGUUCAUCUCGCACGUAGACUAUAUGAUCGAUGUAUAACUGGCGAUGCGAAUGCCUUCGCUACAUUAUGCGUGAUAUAAUUAUUAUUAUUAUUAUUAUUAUUUAAAUCCGAGUUAUUUAGUACUGUAAGUUUAUAAAAAAUAAAAGUUUCAAAGAGUU